AUGGCUGGCGAUGAAUUAGAUGACGGUCUCGAAUACGACGUCAAUUUUUCUGACUCAGAGGCAGUUACAAUUGAAAAUGGUCUGAGGGUUGUUUCUCAGCUGGACGAGAAUCCCUCAGGUGGAGAAGUUUCAGUUGAUGAGGAAAGCCACAAAGAAAACCCCAGAAAGAGAACAAAGAAUCCCAAGCUACAGGAGAAGAAAAAAAUCAAAAUGGACAUGGAUGUUCAGCGAAGAAAGCAGUUGUCUACCGAAUCCUCCGCGGAUGUUAUCGCAGACUACGUGAACGAUGUGAUCCGUAGAAAGAACAGCGAGCUUUCUGCAUUAGAGUUAUCGGAACUCUACCUCAAGAAAACUGAUUUUAGAUCAUCUGCUGAGUUUGAUAUGCCUCGUACCCUCGACAACUUGUCCAAGUUUAUUAAUGGCAGGUUUGGUAAUAUGCUUCCAUCUUCGACUCCAGGAAAGAAGAACACAAAGAAUAAGAAAAAUAAGAAAGGUAAAGAAAAAGUCGACACCGGAAAUGAGAACGGCAAAGCUCCUCAAGAUGAAAGAAAGUUCAUUGCAAUCAUGUCGAUGUCAGCUAUCAGAGCAUGUGACGUUCAUAGGGCCCUUAGAGAGAUUCCGGGUUCAUCCCUCAAGUUAAUAAACAAGAACAAGCUUCAUGUCGAUCUCAAGCUCGUGCAGUCAACUUGGUCUCGUGUUCUUUGCUGUACACCAGGGAGAUUGGCAAAGGUCUUGAAUGCCGAGGAGCUGAGUUUACUGAAGGACGAAAUCAAGAUAGUUCUCCUCGACAAUUCUUAUCUAGACCAAAAACUCCAGAACAUUUGGCACAUCCCGGAAACUACACAAGUGCUUAAGGAUCUCGCUGAGUCGGGAGCUAAAAUCUAUUUGUAUUAG